UUGUCUGCUGCCGUGACUGUUGUUUGCACGGAGUUGGGACACGGGAUUGGAGGCCCUUAGCUUGGCAUUGAGCAGGCGGGGCUGGCACCAGAGAGGGGCGGGGCUCCAGGUGUUACAGGAUGGACCCCACGCGUGUCAGGGUGGAAAACUGCAUGUCACUGCCCAGAUGAUUGUUUCCCUAGGGAUUGUCUCCCCGCGGAAUAACUUUACUCUGGCACCACUGCUCCGGAUUAGCUGCUCCGUGUGUGAACGCUUGGCCUUCACAUUCGAGAAUCAACUUCCAAGGGAGGGCACAAGGCAGGCCCUUCCUCCCUGCACCCCGCUCCCAAGCAAUUCGGUCCAGUAGCCGCCAAGGGCAGAGGAUCUGGCACUGGGAUCUCUGCGGUUGAUUGCUGCCUCCAAAUUGGACCCAACUGCAGCUAGAGAGGAACUGGUCAGAGCCCAGCGCUCGCACCCCAGCGUUCAUCUGUCUCGGUGAGAGAGGAGAGGUGACACAAGGCGUGGGUCCCAUGGAUUCGGAGCAGCCGCUUAGUGGAAGAAAAGGUGACCUGUCUCACCUCAAACACAGGACAGCUGUUAGGUGGAAGGUCCCGCUGAUCAUCAGUGUACUCGCAACUGCUGUUGUGAUUGUUGUGAUUCUCAUGAUACUUUUGCCUGGGAAAUCUCCACCCGAAUCCAAGCUGCCUCAUGUCUAUGCCCCAGCCCAGCUAAAUGAAAAACGCCCAGCCCCCUGCUGCCCGGAUGGCUGGGUCGGGUUUAGAGGGAAAUGCUAUUAUUUCUCUGAUGCCGAGGGGACCUGGGACUCCAGCCAGAGCCUCUGCUCUUCACUCAAUGCCUCCCUGGCUGAGAUCGACACCCAGAAAGACCAGGACUUCAUUAUGCGAUAUAAAGGCGUCUCUGAGUUCUGGAUUGGCCUGAAGCGAGAAACGGCGCAGCCUUGGCGAUGGGUGAAUGGCGAACAGUUCAAUAACCUGUUUACGGUAAGAGGAGAAGGCGACUGCGCGUACCUGAGUGACAGCUUUGCCACUUCGUCGUGGUGCUCCACGAAGCGCUACUGGAUCUGCAGCAAACCCGACGGGAUGCGAAGGGAGGACGCGAUGCCGGGGGACUGAAGGGCGAAGGCUGGGAAAACGCCUCAAGGCCCAGCUGCCUGACGCUCCAAACAUUGCUCAUUAAGAUUAUUAUUUUUUUUAAAUAAGCCUCCCUUCUAAUUUUCUCUGUGUUGUGGCUCCUGUAUAGCCCUCUCCUACCUGGUUGUGUAACUAAGACUUGAUCUACACGUAAAGCUUAAAACUCCUGAAUGCUGUAGUUGGCCUGAUGUAACCCCCAGUGUAGACGCAGCUAAGUUGACCUAGCUACCGUCACUGGGAAGGCGGUGUUCCUACAGUGAUGGGAAACCC